AUGAACGAUGCAGAGUUGUCGUUGGGUAUAUCUGGCAUGGCUCCGCGAACUCUUAUCAUGGGGAUCGAGCGUGACCGGCGGGAGGAGCAGAGGACGGCCAUUUUUAAGAAGAUGACCUUCAAAUACAAGGAGUACCGUACUGAGCACCGAACAUUGGCCGACUUCCUUAACCAGGAUGGUGAAUUUCAGUCGCUUCGUGAUGGGCUUAAACAGAAAGAUGAUGAGUUGACGAAGAAAGAUGAAGAGCUAAGGGAGAGGGACGAUGAGCUUAUGAGGGCCAUCGGUAGGUGCAGCGAGCUUGAGGCAGCUCUAAAGUCCAAAGAGGACGAGCUCGAGGUGAGCAAGGGGGUGAUGGCCGAGAACGCUGACCUUCAAAUGCAGGUGGCAUCCUUAACGGCUGAACUCGAGCAGAAGGAGGCGAAAGCUGUCGAUCUAAGGGGUGAGCUGAGUGCCAAGGUCGAAGAAUUGAGUCGUGUCGAGAAAGGUAGAAUGGCCGCUAUGGCUGAAGCGGCGGCUCUAGAAGAUGCCCUCUGCGUUUGCAGGUCCGAGCGAGCUAAUGAGGUGGAGACAUCGGAGCUAAAUGUGGUGAGGUUAGAAGAAAAUAUCCAUGGUUUAGAGGCAGAGUUGUAUGGGUUGGAAGAGCAGGUCGUUGUAUUGAGGGCCGAGGAGGCGCGACGACAGUCACAACCGUCCACAUCUCAUACUUCUGCCGAUAUCGGUGUGUCAUGGGAGUUGUAUGAGAUCUGGGUUCACGCCGAGGCUCAACUUGACGUGUAUAAAUCUUUGAAGGCUGUCGGGAAAUUUUCCGAAGCAGAGCUUAAGUCGUCUGUGUCAAGGCACGUGCAACUCGUGAAGCUUGUGGUUACAACCUUGGUACGCCUGAUGGGGAUGAGGAUGACAACGCCGCGAAUAGGCUUGCCUCUGAUCCUUGGUAUGAUGAUGAGUACGCCGAUGGGAUGA